AUGGGUGAGUUGCCCUUAGACAUCAACAUCCAGGAACCUCGCUGGGACCAAAGCACGUUCCUGGGCAGAGCCCGGCACUUCUUCACUGUCACUGACCCCCGAAAUCUGCUGCUGUCUGGAGCACAGCUGGAAGCUUCCCGGAACAUUGUGCAGAACUACAGGGCUGGUGUGAUACCCCCAGGGCUCACCGAAGACCAGCUGUGGAGGGCCAAGUAUGUGUAUGACUCUGCCUUCCACCCGGACACAGGGGAGAAGGUAGUCCUCAUCGGCCGCAUGUCAGCCCAGGUGCCCAUGAACAUGAUCAUCACCGGCUGCAUGCUCACCUUCUAUAGGCAGACCCCAACUGUGGUGUUCUGGCAGUGGGUGAACCAGUCCUUCAAUGCCAUUGUCAACUACUCCAACCGUAGUGGCGACGCUCCCAUCACAACCAGGCAGUUGGGAACAGCUUAUGUGAGUGCCACCACUGGGGCUGUGGCCACAGCUCUGGGACUCAAAUCCUUCACCAAGCACCUGCCCUCUUUGGUUGGCAGAUUUGUGCCCUUUGCAGCAGUGGCAGCUGCCAACUGCAUCAACAUCCCCCUGAUGAGGCAGAGGGAGCUGCAAGUAGGCAUCCCAGUGACUGAUGAGGCAGGUCAGAGGUUUGGCUACUCAGUGACAGCGGCCAAACAGGGAAUCUUCCAGGUGGUGAUAUCAAGGAUCUGCAUGGCAAUUCCUGCCAUGGCCAUUCCCCCUGUGAUCAUGGACAGUCUGGAGAAGAAAGACUUUCUGAAGCGCCGCCCCUGGCUGGGAGCACCCCUGCAGGUGGGACUGGUGGGCUUCUGCCUGGUAUUUGCCACCCCCCUGUGCUGUGCCCUGUUCCCCCAGAGGAGCUCCGUCCAUGUGAGCAGGCUGGAGCCGGACCUGAGAGCUCAGAUCCGUGAGCAAAAUCCCAGCGUGGAAGUGGUCUACUACAACAAGGGGCUUUGA